UUUCUUUGAUCUCAUUUUGCUCCUCCCAAUAUCUAGACAUCACUCUCAAUUUUAACAAUUACUAAUGGCUCGUUUUGCAAUAUUUAUGAUUGUUUUGGUUGUUAUGUUAGUUUGUGUUGCACCAUGUUUUGAAGCAAGAAAACAAUUUAGCAAAGAAGGUAACAAACUAUAUGUUGAUCGCAAUUUGGAUUCAUUCCCUAGUCCUGGAAUUGGUAAUUUUGAUCAUACUAUGCAAUCAGUUUCGAGUCCUGGAACUGGAAAUCUUAAUCACAAUUUGAAAUCAGUCCCGAGUCCCGGAACUGGAAAUUUUGAUCACAACAUGCGAUCAGUCCCGAGUCCUGGAACUGGAAAUUUUAAAUCAGUCCCGAGUCCUGGAACUGGAAAUUUUAAUCACAACAUGCAAUCAGUCCCGAGUCCUGGAACUGGAAAUUUUAAAUCAGUCCCGAGUCCUGGAACUGGAAAUUUUAAAUCAGUCCCGAGUCCUGGAACUGGAAAUUUUUAUCACAACAUGCAAUCAGUCCCGUGUCCUGGAACUGAAAAUUUUAAUCACAACAUGCAAUCAGUCCCGAGUCCUGGAACUGGAAAUUUUAAAUCAGUCCCGAGUCCUGGAACUGGAAAUUUGAAAUCAGUCUCGAGUCCUGGAACUGGAAAUUUGAAAUCAGUCCCGAGUCCUGGAACUGGAAAUAUGAAAUCAGUCCCGAGUCCUGGAACUGGAAAUUUGAAAUCAGUCCCGAGUCCUGGAACUGGAAAUUUUUAUGGCAACAUGCAAUCAGUCCCGAAUCUUGGAACUGGAAGUUUGAAAUCAGUCCCGAGCCAUGGAACUGAAAAUUUUGGUCGCCCUAGUCUUGGAAUCAGCCAUGUUCAUCGCAAUUUGAAAUCAGUAUCGAGUAUUGGAAUUGUUAAGUCUGAAAGUCAUUCAGGCCCUAGUCCUGGAGAAGGCCAUGUUUAUAGCAACUUGAAGUCAGUAAAUCCUACAGUUGUCCAUAUUGAUAGUUCAGUCCCCAAGUUUGAUAUCGAUCACUGAUCGUUCAACUUUGAAAUGGGCAACUUCUAUUUAGUAGUUGUAUAUGCAAUAUAUUAAGUACAAUAUAAUGUAAAAAAAAGUGCUAUAUUAUGUGAGUUUGUUUAUGAACAUAUAUGGUUAUCAACUAAUUAAUGCGAUAUUUUAAUCAACUAGAAAUUCUAAUUA